AUGGUGGACAUUGGCAGCGUGGAUUACCGCAGAAUGCCAGCUAUGUGUGAGACUGUAAAACUGAUCACAUUUUCCCUGUGUUUCUUGGGGUUUGUACCUGCCGUAAGCAGCUACAUCUGGGCCUGGAUGUUGUCGCUUCCUUACAAAGGGUCUCAAGAGAUCUCAGCCAAGAGGAACGCAGAACCUCAGCCAAGUGACCUGGAGAGUGCUACACUCUGUGAACAUGACCAAGCUUGUGACAUGGGAUUUUUUUGUGACAAACAUUUUGGACGGUGUGUCCCUUUAAGGCACCAAGGUCAUUUCUGCCGGCAGGAUAGUCAAUGCUCCCAGGGUCUGAGCUGCAUGUUUGGCAAGUGCCACCUCACUGUUCCCGACAGACAUGAAGGGGCACGCUGUAAACGGGAUGAAGAUUGUGGCGUCUCCAUGUGUUGUGCCAGGCAUCACGGGGAGAUGAUUUGCAAGAAGAAGUUGUCCUUGGGAAUGGAUUGCUAUGUACCUGACGGAGGGCUGGCCUACAGCAUUAACCAGCUCUGCCCCUGUGAUGAAGGGCUCGUUUGCAGAAACAACAGGAUGACAAGAGAGAAAGAAUUUGAUUACUGGGGACACACCAACAGCUGGCAAUGUCUGAGCCCUACCUUGCCCUGACCCAGAGCACUGAC